AGGAGCUGGACGCGGAGAUCUCCGGGUGCGAGAUUCAGAGUAGCGGCUCUCUGCGCUAACGGUCCUGUCGUGGUCCGCCGGGCCCCUGCCUCAGAGCCCGGCAACUCUCGGCUGUCGUCCGCGCUGCCCCGAGAGCCCCUCGCUUCACCUGCGCUUGCUGCGCCCGGCGCACCGAGUCUGCCUGCCGCGAUGAGCGAGCUUAACACAAAAACAUCCCCAGCAACCAACCAGGCAUCUGGACCAGAAGAAAAAGGGAAAGCUGGCAAUUCCAAGAAGGCAGAGGAAGAGGAGGAGAUUGACAUUGACCUGACGGCGCCAGAAACAGAGAAGGCUGCCCUUGCCAUUCAGGGCAAGUUCCGGCGAUUUCAGAAAAGGAAAAAGGAUCCCAGCUCAUGAAUGGCCAGCUUUGUCCUGCACCCCAUUCCUUUCUCUCCCUUUCUCUACAGCCCUGACUCCUAUGUAUCUUUGUUCCCUUGUACCUCUAGUCUCUUGUUGAGGCAACUUCAACCCUUAUAUACUCUUUUCUCUGGUCCCCUCAAGCCAUCACAACAGUAGAGGCACAAGGAACUUGAAGACUUGAAUUCGCAGUGGCUUGCCUAAGAGUGAAUCCUUUCUCCCUGGGGGUGAGGGUCCCUGAUCAGUACCUAUGCCUGCCCUGUGGGAUUGAGGAGCAAGAGGCUUUGAGGUUGAGAGAUGCCUGCCCCUCAUGGUGUGGAAAGGAGGGAAAGCUUUAGAGUAGGGUACCUGAGGGUUGGGGAGGGUGUAAUUGUUCUGCCUAUUACAGCAUUCACAUUUCAGGUGACAUUCUUUCCCCUUCAGAUCCUUCGGCACCGCCACCUCCAACUUCCUCUCCUGGGAUCUAAGCCACAGUGCAGACUGGCGCCUCCUUUCCCCCAGGCAGACCUAAAUCAAGCAGUUUACCACAAUAGUGCAUGCUGAGUAGAUUAUUCCAAAGAAGGAAGACUGAACCGGUACCUGCACAAUGAAAACAAUAAGUUUCCUUCAUUGUCUAGUCUGGGACCACAAGGGGCAGAGGUAGAAGAGGUUCCAGGGCCAUAGUCAGGGAAAUGAGAAGUGGGAUAGAUUUAGGCAGGAGAGAAAAGUCAAGAAGGGGAAUGUCUCUGAAGUCACAAGUUACUGCUGGUGAAAGUAUACUCAUGAAGGAUUCUUGGGGCCUUGCUAACCUUCCUACCUCUAACCCCCUAAGUAGUUAUCACCAGAGGCCACACAAACCAAGUUACCCCUGUAGUUUCAACUCACCCCACUAUGGAGUCAGGGCAAAAAUGGAAUAGCCAUUCCAUAUGAUUUUAGCAUGUUUAAUAAUUAUAACAAUAAAAAGCCCCUCAGUUGGGGUCAUUUAAACUCUACUAAUGUUUUUUCUUGUGAGGAAUAUUAAUGUAAGCCUGGCCGGGCCCCAGGGAGGGUAGAAGAGCAACUGCACAGACUACUUGGUGGCACAGAACACUGAGCAAUUUUCAGACUGAAGCCAAUACUACUUUGUAUCUCUGACCUUGCCCUCACUUUGAUUUGCCGCCCACAUUCUCUCUGCUGCUGUUACCACCCCCAGUGCACACCUGCAAGGUUGUUCAUCGUCCCAUUCUCUUUCCAGCUAAGAGCAUGCUUGGUACAUACCCAUCUGAAAACAAACCUAGUCUUCCUUGCUUCCUGUCCCCAGAUGACCUAUCCUAGAUUUCCUUCCUGCUUUGUCUUCCUCCCACACUCUCCCCUCCCUUCCCAAUGUUUAUCAAACAUAAAGGAAGGAAAGGAUGGCUGGUCCCUAGAGAGCAUCACUGUUACACUAGAGGUUUUAAACCGUAAAUUCAAUAAAGUGGUGACUUUCAAGUAA